CAAAGAAAUUGAGCCUUUGAGAGUUCCAAAGAGCAAUUCGAAACCCUUGAAGCAGGUCUCCGGCGAUCCCACGAUGAGCUCCCAGGUCUACAGGUCGGCUGCAAGGUCGCUGAGGUCCCUCCUUUCAGCUCGCCGGAGUUCCCUAGUGUUCUUUGAAGGGCAAGCUGUGGGAGCAGCAACAGCAACCUCAUUCAGGAGGAGCAUAUCUACUGUAGCUACAUUUUACAAGAGGGCAGAUUCCAAGAGUAUCCCAAUGGGAUGGAUUUCUGGAGCUCUUGCCUUCCCUGCUGCAGUGUACAUGCUUCAGGACAAGGAAGUGAAUGCUGCUGAGCUAGAACGCACUUUUAUUGCCAUCAAGCCUGAUGGAGUGCAAAGAGGACUGAUUGCUGAAAUUAUUUCAAGGUUUGAGCGUAAAGGAUAUAAACUUGUGGCCAUUAAGUUGAUAGUUCCCUCCAAGGACUUUGCCCAGAAACACUACCAUGAUCUGAAAGAUAGGCCUUUCUUUAAUGGCCUCUGUGACUUUCUCAGCUCUGGACCAGUUCUUGCAAUGGUUUGGGAAGGAGAGGGAGUUAUACGGUAUGGUCGAAAGCUUAUCGGCGCAACUGAUCCACAAAAAUCUGAGCCUGGUACCAUUAGAGGAGAUCUCGCUGUCGUUGUUGGAAGGAAUAUAAUUCAUGGGAGUGAUGGACUUGAGACAGCCAAGGAUGAAAUUGCUUUGUGGUUUGAACCAAGGGAGUUAGUUUCUUAUACUAGCAAUGCAGAGAAGUGGAUCUAUGGGGUGAACUAGUCUUUGCUCUGUUCCCAUUGCAAUUGUUUUUCAAGGAUUACUUCAAAGAUGAUCAUUAAUCUUAAUAAUUUGAAUAAUUUCCA